AGUUAGGUGCUUGGUCUGCUUCUGCACAAACAGAGUCGCAACAACCUCGGUAACGCGCCUACGAUUGGGCAUAUUUCACUACGACGACUACCAACCUGCGCAACCUCUCCCGAUCACAUCGUCGUCCUUCGCCAACUCAACUUGGGAUUCUUGGGCUUGCACGCCUUGCAAUUCCUAGGGUUAAUUAUCGCUCGUCAUGGCGGCCAACGUCCCAGGCAAGAUUAAGCCUGCGGGCGUCACUCCAUUCAUCGUACGCGCCGUCCAGCUCGAAACCGCAAAGCCUGUCAUUGCCUACUGGUGCUAUUAUUGGGUGGUGCAGCAGAUCUUGAAGAGAUCACUUCAUAAUGAGGACGAGGAGUGCCUUCAAUUUACCACAACUGUCAUGGAUAAGCUAGAACAGAUGAAGACAGAUCAGGCAAACAAUGAUGCUAUACUGGAUGAUGUCGCCGGCCAAGCAUACGUCGAACAAUUCGCUCAAGAAACUUUCGACCGGGCACUUCGACCUCUGAAAGCCAACAAAGUUACACAACAAACCGCUAGUACUUUUGAAGCAGCGGCCACAUUCUUCCAGCUCGUCAACAUCUGGGGUCAACCCGACCCGGAGACACAAGACAAGAUCAAAUAUGCCAAAUGGAAUGCCGCGCGAAUACUAAAAGCGAUCAAGGAAGGCAAAGAUCCAAAUGAAUCGAACCCGAAACAAGAAGAGCCCAAGCCAGAAGAGAGCGCCGUACCUCUUGACCCUAACGACCCGGAGGUACAACUGAUCGGCUCUGGCCAACCACGGCCGGCAACUGUCGAGGAUGCCCCAGACGACGGGGGAAUAUCUCGUGGACCAACAUCAAGUUAUUCGCUCAACGCAGCCGCAGCUGUCUCCGCCCCUAAUUCACCUCUCCCACCUACAGCAUCAGUACCCGAUCCAGUUUCUCCUAUAGCACCUCCUGAUGUACCUGUCCAGGAGCCAGGGAGUUAUUUCCCCAGCGCUCCGUCAACGACUGAUCAAUCCCCUCUUGAGCUGCCAUCUACCACAAGCAUGCCGCCUCCGGGAUCAACAACCCAUAGUGUCCAUAGUGCCCACAGUGCACUUGGGUCAGCACCAGAUAUUCCAAGUCCUGGCUCACAUCGUCUAUCACAACCGCCGUCGGUAUCACAUGCGUCGCCAGGUGUUCCAUCUUCUCCACAAGAUUUCUAUCAUCCGCCCCCUCAGCAUCAGCAUCACUCAGCACCCGCGCCGCCCUUCCUACCUCCACAGCAGCAUUACACCCCGGCUCAAGCUCCAUCUGCGCCUCACAAUUAUCAUCACGGUUAUUCCCAGCCGGUAAUACCAAAGGCUGCACCCGCUCCCCCACCACCUCCUGUACAGCAAUAUGGGGGCAACAGUCAGCCAACUGGGCCCUAUAAUUGUGAUGAUAUGGCUAUGGCACAAGCGCAGAAACACGCCAAGUGGGCAAUAUCUGCACUCAACUUUGAAGAUGUUCCGACAGCGGUACGAGAGUUACAAGCGGCGCUUGCGAGCUUGGGGGCACGGUAAUACAAUUAGUACAUCUUGAAGGUGACUGUUCCGCCUUCGAAUUGCAAUUCAUAGUUUGUGAACAACGUAAUGGCAAGUGAGGAGAGCUCCACUGAUGGCACGCAGCGCAUAGAGAAGUGUAUAUACGAGAAAUGCAAUC